AUGCCCAGCAAAACAUCAUUCUCGCGCCCCGACCCCAACGGGAACCCCUCCCGAGUUAUGGUGCCAACGGAUGCUCCGCCUCUUACUGCUGUCGCUCUGAACACAGAUAUCGUGCCGGAGAUCACGGACCACCUGGCGUGGAGGGCAAAAGCGCACCCGUGUGACACGGAUGAACCAGUCACAUCACCCCGAGAGACCUACUCUCCUAUCACUUCCGCUCUUCAUCUCGCGAAUCAAUGCCUCUUUAACUCUCACAGAUGCGUUCACCCCUCCCUCUAUGCCGAGGUGAGCCCCUUCGCCCCGAGUGACCUCGUCUUAUAUGACGCUGCCUACGAUUCAGACUUCCAUACGACUACACAUCACCUUGUCAUCCACGAUAUCAACCUUUCGUAUGUUACGAGCCGCUAUGUUGCCCAGCACCUCGAGUUCUACAAGGCAGAACCUGACGAAGAGACAUUCGAGGAGUGGAACUACCACGCUGACGAGGAGCAAAGCUGGAAUAUGGUCGAGAAGUACUGGCAUCAGGAUGUCAUCAGUGAUUGGUUGUUUACUGCCACCAUGCGGCAGUGUUUCAUGAUGAUCAUCCUGCGUUCAAUCUCUCCUUUUGCGCAGUAG